AUGUCUGCUCCUACACAUACUUGGCAACUUCAUGAAACACAACAACAACAACCAGAACCCUUGGUCGACAGCUGUUGCCAUUGUGCCGAGCCAAAGGGAACUCUCGUUCGUAUAUCGAUAGGCGGAGGUCAGGUCUCUCGUCCCAAUCGCUUUAUCAUUCGGUUCGCUAUGAUGCGCGUCGUGGUCCUGCUCCACGUGCUACUUUCCCUUCCGCAAGGUUUUUUUUUGGUUUUUUUUUCUUGGUUGAUCUCUGCAGUGAUUGGAGGAGAGAAGAAAAGCUCAAAAGUUCUCGAUCCCAAGUAUUUGAAAUGUCAUUUCGUCAUAAGCUUCUGUAAGAUUUGAGAAAGGCUGAAGGAAAUGUGCUAGAGAAAACUUUGAAAAUUAAAAAAUUUCGAAAAUUUUUGACCGGCCAAAAUUAAGCUCGUUCCAGAUGCUCCAACAGAAAUUUGAAGAUUUUUUGGAGAAAAUUUGUAAAUUUUCAGUCUGAUUGACAAUUUGCUUUUCAAUAAUUCACACGCUUUUUUGAGCUCUAAGGUAUGGUCUCCGUUUAAAGUCCAUAUUAGAAUGGAGACCUUGUGGAAUAGGAGGCCUAGGUAAGAAUACUCGGAAUCAAAAAAGGCAAUCUGCUGAACCCGGAAAAGCUCGUACCCUAGUAUGAAAUAUCCAAAACGUUUUCCAAGUUCAAUUUUCAGGCAUCGAAAGCCUCGGAUGCAUGGUGAAGGUUUGCGGAAACAACGCCGAGAACGAAUUCCGACGAUGUCCAGACAUCGACGGCUCCUGCGGCAACUACCACACAGAGAGGUCCAACGGCGAGAUCGUCGAUGGCGUCGACGUCCGUUGCCAUCCUGGAGAGCCGAUCUACGCUCCGUUCGAAGGAGAAAUGUACUUCUGGAGGCCGUUCAGCGGAAAAAAGGACAAGUCUUGCGCUGAUCAGGGAGUCCGCAUCGAGGGGACCGGCCAGUGGCAAGGUUACUUUUUGAAUCAGACAAAACUAAGGCCUCUCAGAAGUAAGAACAAGACUUCAGGCUACGCUGUACAUAUUUCUUCCGUCAAGCUGUCCUUUUUCGGCGGUCACGUCCAAGCUGGAGACGAAAUCGGCGAAGCUAUCGAUAGGUGCGGGAAACUUUGUAAAAAAAUAUAUUAAGUCCAAUUCUUUUUUUUUUUAAUAAUCAGUUUUUUCUGUUUCAUUCCGAAUUCAGAAGCUGUUUCCUCGGACAAAAUCAAAAAGACGUCGAAGACCACGUCCAAAUCAAACUUUUCCGAGGAGGCGUUCAGGUCGACCCAACACAUCACUUGCAAAACUGUUAGUUGGAAAAUUUCCUAUUAUAGAAAUUUAAUAUUUUCAGGUAUGUGCACCGGCCAAAUUUGUGAAUCAAAUAGUCGCAACCAGCUUUUCGGCGAACCUUUCAAAGCCGAUAAGUCAGGCAUCGAAGACAAACAGACAGAACGGGAAUAAAUUGAAGACGUUACAACGGCGUCCGAGGCUGGGAUCUUCUGUGUCCGAUCAUCAACGACGACGACGAAGAUCCGCGCGUUCCAGUCAUUUAUUCUCCGAUUUCUGGCGAAAUUAUGGGCAGGGUCCGCCUUUUCUCGGAUCACAACGGAGCCUACAGCGGUUGUGACAACGAGGGAAUGUUCAUUGUCGGGACUGAACAAUGGAUCGGUUUUAACCCCAUUUGAAACAGAAUUAACUCCUUCUUCAGGCUUCGAGGCCAGAAUUUAUAACGUUAGAACGCGCUCAGACAUAGGAUUCGGCCGGAAAAGAAUUGUCCAAGGAGAGCCGAUCGGAGCGCGUUUGGACUGUGAUAAUAGCCCUGACAGCAUAUUUUUGGAGGUGAACUUCAUCGAAAGUCCCAGUUUAAAAAUAUUCUUCAGCUCCGAUACCAAGGACGCGUGGUUAAUGUUACUGACAUCAUUACGGCCGAAAACUGCAAGCUUCCCGAGCUUCCCAGUUUAUAAAAUCAUCUUUGCGAAUAUCUUUCCUAUUUUAUUGUUUGAUGAACUUUUUGAACAUAAUAAAAGUUUACCUCUCCGUUUUUGAGAAAAUACUUGUUGCACAUGUGAAUGUGUCUCUUUCGCGUGUUUAGUACGCAGGGGUGAUUACACUAUUCCACCGAAGUUGACGACAUUUCAAAUAAAAUGGCACUUGGGUUUUCGAAUAUUUUUAAAAUUUAAUUCAUUUAGAUGUUUAUUGAAGUUGUCAAAGUUAUAGCUGUUAAAAUUUUUAAAAUUUGUUAAUUUUAUGACUUGGUUGGACAAAAAUGCAUUUUUGAACAAGACAGAGCCUGGAAAAUCAUCGUCAAGUACCUUCCCUUUUUUUUAGAUAAUAAUUUUUUUUGUCUUCUCUCAUUGAUACCGAUUAUUAUUCUGUUUUUUUUUCGAAGGAAAAGAAAUUUUGUAAUUCAUCAACUUCACUUUUGCCCCGCUUUUCUCUUUUCUUUUUAUCCAUUAUAAAUUUUCCUGUUGUUAUAAUGGUCUUUUUCAGACAUAAUGUCGUCGAGAGAAGGCGGCGUCAAGCAGCUUUCUUCUUCUUUGCUUGAUAUGAAGGUGAAAAUAAUGUUUACUUUUUUUCCAAUAAAAUAUUCAAUUUUUUUCAGUUUAUGCUUCGAACUAAGAAGAAAAUUGAAGAGAAGGAACGGAAAAAGAAGGAAAACGCUUUGAAAAACGCUAUCCAACCAGCCGAAGUUGCUUCUAGUAGCAGUGAUUGUAAAGACGAUUCGAAGUUAGAUCACAGUGAUAACUGGAAAGCUUUUAUUUUAAUUUUUAGAUAUGAAACGACGAAAAAUUUAGCCAUGUUAGAGGGUUUGACGUAUGGAAGAAUGUCCUUUAAAGGUUUCAACAAAGAAGUUGAGGUUGGUAAAAAAAUUUUUUUAUUGAUUUUUUUCUUGAUGCGAUUUUUCAGCAACUUAUGGAAUAUUAUGAACGGAUACGCAACGGCGAAAUUUCUGACGACGAGGAGGAAGAAAAAGGACAUCAAAGAUCAGGACAUGGCCCAAACGUUAGUUUAUCCGAAAGGUGUCGAAUUCUCUUAAUAAUAACUUUUUUCAGGUUGGGGAAUGCCGCUCUAAGCAAAAAGUUCGCGUCAAGACGUGA